GAUCCAUCGCGCACCAGUGGCCCUUCUGAUCCAGUGCGUAACUGUGGCCCCUCCACUCCAGUGCGUAACUGUGGCCCCAAAGCCGCACCUCUGCUCUGCUCUGCUCUGCUCUCACCUUGUAGGGGUGAGGAGAGGGAAGAAGACCCCCCAGUCCCCUGCUUGGAGGAGCCCACCCCAGCACCCUAGUAGGGAGAAAGCUCAGUCUGGGUUUAUGCAAACCCAUAAUGCACCUGCCUUGAAGAGAUGCUUUUACCCAGAAAUAUCCCAAGGAGUCUUUGCUUAUUCUCACGCAUAGAAAACCCAAUUGGAUUGCACAAGGGAUUUUCCUCGCUUUGUUUUAAUGUGUGGACAUACCGGUCCUGGAUGAUAUCGGAUUAUUUUUAAUUUUUUUUUUUUUGGUAGAAAAGAGGAUUUGUAGUUUUUAAUCUUGUUUUCUUUUUUAAAAUGACGACCUCAUCCAUACGCAGGCAAAUGAAAAACAUUGUUAAUAAUUUUUCCGAGGCGGAGAUUAAAGUCCGGGAAGCCACCUCCAAUGACCCAUGGGGUCCUUCCAGCUCCCUCAUGACGGAGAUAGCAGAUCUGACUUACAACGUGGUGGCAUUUUCGGAAAUAAUGAGCAUGAUAUGGAAGAGACUCAAUGAUCAUGGAAAGAACUGGAGACAUGUUUACAAAGCGCUGACUCUCUCGGAUUACCUCAUCAAGACCGGCUCGGAGAGAGUGUCCCACCAGUGUAAAGAGAACAUCUUCGCAAUACAGACUCUCAAAGAUUUCCAGUAUAUCGAUCGGGAUGGAAAGGAUCAGGGGAUUAAUGUUCGGGAAAAGUCCAAGCAGUUGGUGUGCCUGUUGAAAGAUGAUGAGAGGUUAAAAGGAGAGAGGGCACAGGCCCUCAAAACCAAAGAGAGGAUGGCUCAGGUUGCUACGGGCGUUAGCAGCAACAACCAGAUCAGUUUUGGUCGAGGAUCAAGCCAACCCAACCUAUCCACCAGCUACUCAGAACAAGAUUAUGGGAAGUCUGGGGGAUCUCCUGCUUCCUACCAUGGUUCAACUUCACCCAGGGCCUCAUCGGAGCUGGAACAGGCCCGGCCUCAGACCAGUGGAGAGGAAGAGUUACAGCUGCAGCUGGCGCUCGCUAUGAGCAGAGAGGUUGCCGAGCAGGAGGAACGUAUCAGGAGAGGAGAUGACUUACGUUUACAAAUGGCCCUGGAGCAGAGUCGGAAAGAUACCAUUAAAGCACCCAGAAAGAAGGCACAGCAGCAAACCACUUUGUUGAACCUAUUAGAUGCUCUGCCCCCGGGGGCCCCUGCAUUGCAGAAAUCCGACACCAGGGCAACAGCAGUGGCAACAAAAAGCCAGUCUGACCCAUGGAAUGUGGCUACUGUUUCACCAUUGUCCUCGGAUCCGUGGCAAUCCUUCGGCAGUGCAGGUACUAAACCAGCGGCUCCCCAAGAUCCCUGGGGUGGGAACACUGGUUCCCCUACGCUGUCUUUUUCAAAGAACUCAGACCCCUGGACUACGCCGAAGGCAUCUGGAAUAGCGAAUUCUGCAACGGACUCCUGGGGGGCCACACCACCAGUUAAAACAAGUGUGUCAAACACAGGCUUGGCCUUUGACCCUUUCAGUAAUUUAAAUGGCACUGCAAGAGAUGACUUCUCAGAAUUUGACAGCCUUCGAACCUCUACUAAAUUGUCAGCAGAUUCCAUUUCCACAUUACCUUCCCUGCGCAGCGGCACCACCAGCCCUGACCCCUUCGAUCCCAAACCUGCCAACGUGACGAGCAGCAAGCAGACAUCGAUUCGGAAAACGCCGGAAUCAUUCCUGGGAUCCAGCGCAGCCUUAGUGAACCUGGACACCAUUGUCUCCAUGCCUCCUCCCACGGCCCCUAUCCUAAACCCUUUCUUGGCAUCAGGAGUUACAGCUACAGCAUCGUUACCCCCUGUCAAUCCUUUCCAAGUGAACCAACCCCAAGCCCUCACCUUGAACCAGCUGCGAGUCAGUCCGAUGAUGGGAGUCAGUCCGGCCUUCAACACGAUGCCAGGAGUUGGUGCUGAACCCUUGGCCUCUGUUCCUCCUCCGGGUCUUGGGAUGUCAACACUACCAGCAGCACAUCCAGCGGGACUGGGGGUUAAUAUAAACAUGGCGGCAACCUUGCCUCAUCAUAGCACUGCCAUGGCGCCAUCUUCCACCCAAUCGGUGAACGCCACUAACCCUUUUCUGCUAUGAAAGUCACAAUGUUUGGACAUUGCAAGGACAACUUGCCCACUGCAGGGCUAAAGACCAGGCGUACUUAGUGAGAGAAUACAUUUCUAAGCUGUCUUUAUCUUUAUGGAUUAGUAGAACCAACCUGCAGGGAAGGAGAGUGAUGGUUGGACUCUGUAGCAAGAAAUAGAAUCCUAAAUGGACUCAGCACCAAAGUCAUGUUUGUCUCCUAUUCGGCUCUCACCAGUUUGUGUGCUCACGGCCUACACUGGAGUCAGCCUCUGUUUUGUAGGAUGUACUUGAGUGUCAGUUCUGUUGGCAAGAGCUUUUGGAUUUCUAGGCAACAAGAGAGAAUAGGCCAGAAAAAAAAUUCCAAAUUGGAAUGAUAUUAGGUUUUAUUUAGCCUUUUAAUACCUGGUACCUGCCCUUGUAAAUUAUACCUGCUGUGUUUUGUCAUAUAUUUUAUUCAUAACAGUGACUUUGUAACAGAUACAAGGGGAACCUCAAAGCUUACUACAGCACCCCAGAAAAAGGGUGAAA